AUGGUAGACGUUACCAUCACAGUCAGUACUCCGGGACUACAUACGGCCCCGGUCGAUGAAGAAGAAGCCGUAGAGUACCCGUUUGAAGGAGAGAGGGAUACUCGCACUCAACCGACGGAAACAUAUCGUCCUGCUCCUCUCGAGCAGCCGGCGACGAGGUCAAACAUGGUCUGCCACACCACCCAGACAGACUCGUUGUUGGACGACGAAAUGACGAUGGCCACUGCCACCAGAACCAAGUCCUCGGAACGGGCCAGGUCACCGUCUCCUUCGUCGAGAAAACCGAGACCUCUCAAGGCAUGGACCGAACAGAUCCGCAACCGGUUGUCCAGCCCACAGAGACGCAGGGGCCCGGUGACGGUCGACUCUACGGGGAUCCAUCUCGCGCCUCCGCCGAGCGAGUCACCUCUACGUCCCGCCACGCCGGCCGCCGACCUGUACAGAGGUCAGGAAGACGGCAACUUUGGCAUGACCUUUGAACAUCCAGAUCAUCCGCACCUGCGUAAAGGUCACAAACCGUUGUUUUGCCAUCAAAACUACGAAGAUCACAAACACAGAAUGUUGAUGGAUUGGGUGGAGAGACGCCGUUGA